GCGGCCUGAGGUGAUCUGUGAAAAUGGUUCGCUAUUCACUUGACCCAGAAAACCCCACAAAGUCAUGCAAGUCAAGAGGCUCAAAUCUUCGUGUUCACUUUAAGAACACACGUGAAACUGCCCAGGCCAUCAAGGGUAUGCAUAUACGAAAAGCCACCAAGUAUCUGAAGGAUGUCACCUUAAAGAAACAAUGUGUACCAUUCCCACGUUACAAUGGUGGAGUUGGUAGGUGUGCCCAGGCCAAACAGUGGGGCUGGACACAGGAUCAGUGGCCCAAAAAGAGUGCUGAAUUUUUGCUGCAUAUGCUUAAAAAUGCAGAGAGUAAUGCUGAACUUAAGGGUUUAGAUGUAUUAGAUGUAGAUUCUCUGGUCAUUGAGCAUAUCCAAGUGAACAAAGCACCCAAGAUGCAUCGCCGAACUUACAGAGCUCAUAGUCGCAUUAACCCAUCCAUGAGCUCCCCCUGCCACACUGAGAUGAUCCUUACUGAAAAGGAACAGAUUGUUCUCAAACUAGAAGAGGAGGUAGCAAAGAAGAAAAAGAUAUCCCAGAAGAAACUGAAGAAACAAAAACUUAUGGCACGGGAAUAG